AUGUUUGGGUGUAUUGUGGCUGGUCGGCUGGUUGACGUGAACAAGUAUGUGUUUGAAUUGCCCGAGGCGCACCUCAUUAACCACCUGCCCGGGUACGCAGCCACUGUGCACCUGCUGUGGCCCAACAAGGACUGGCAGUUCCUCGGUGUGCUGUCCAACGACAAGCCAAGCGCGAUCUUCCGCCUCAAAUCGACAAUAUCGCCCGAGGAGGCAGCGCAGAUGCCACAUAUGAACGCCGAGCUCGGCAUCUCCAUCGAGCCAGUCCAGGCGGCAGUGGUGCCGGCGGGACAGCAGGUGUCGCCGCAGACAGCCCAGGCCUUUGCGCAGAAGACGCUGGGCAACCUGUACGAAUAUGCGAUGUCGUUUGCGACGCGUGCCGACUCCUCGAUGGGAUUGAUCGGGUCUGGCGCCCCGGUCCAGGUUCUGCCGACAAAGGUGUUUGACGACUGGUACAACAACCUCCUGCGAAAGAUCCGGCGGAUCCAGCAAAUUCGAUGA